GUUCCAUCUCUCGCGCGGUCUUUAUCUCUCUCUCUCUCUCAACUAGACUUGUUCGAAUUAAGAAGUUCAUCUUCCAACCUGUCAGUCAGUAACAUUACUAUAGCUUCCCCUCCUUCUCUUUCAAUUUUCUGUACUAUUCAUAUUUCUUUCCUACUUAUCGUUCAUUUUAUUCUCCUUGUGACCCAUCGAUAUUAAAAAUUAAGGCGCUGACAUCAUUUCGCACGGCUACAACUAAAGCCAUCGUAAGCGUGCGUCACUUAAAGAGACUAUCCUAUCCAAGCAGAAAGCGCAGAAGCUAGUAAAGAGAGGUUGGUAGUGCUGGUAGUGGUGUAGGGGUAGCCCAGUCAGCUGGCCAACCGAGUGAGCAUCUGGCCUCGGGGACCUGCAACCUAACGUGCCUGUCCGCUACAUUGGCUACAUUGGAGCUUGUUGUGCCUCGUGGGGCCUUGCAGCGUCGGAUGUAGAUGUGGAUAUCGCAGCCUAUCGUCAACAUCCUUCCCUUUUCCCUUCUUCACUUUAUCAACAUCAAUCUUGACACUUGACGCCACCUAUCAACAUCGAUAAUUCUUGCCUGAUUGGGCAACCUUCAUCAUGUUGUCGUCGUCGACGAGCCUUAGGCAUGUUGCCUUAGGCGUACUAUCGCUGUCAUGUCUCGUCGCGGGUCAAAAGAACUACACCCAAAUCGAUAUGAUGCGGGCGCAACUAGCUCUUUUAGAUGGUCGGCCAAGUGAUUGUCCACCAUGUUUUAACUGUCUCCUUCCAGCCUACGAAUGUUAUCAAUAUGCCGACUGUAACGAAUACAACGGGAAAUGCGAGUGUCCACCAGGAUUCGGAGGAGAUGAUUGCUUCCAACCGACUUGCGGUUCUCUUGCCAAGGGCAAAGAACGUCCGAUAAGAUCGGGUGAUUCAUGCAAAUGCGAUGAAGGCUGGACCGGAAUCAACUGCAAUGUCUGCACCCAAAAUAACGCUUGCAAUGCCUUGAUGGAAACUGGCGAUGGUGGUGUUUGCUACCAAAAUGGCGAGGUCGUACAAAACAACCAUCAGAUGUGCGACGUGACGAACGAGAAGAUCCUUACUAUGCUUAACGGCAAGAUACCCCAGGCAACCUUUACUUGCGAGAAAGAUACAGCAUUCUGUGAUUUCCAGUUCUGGAUCGACCGAGAAGAAUCCUUCUACUGCCAUCUCGAGAAUUGCGAAUCUACUGCCGACUUCACCUCCGACCAAAACAGUACCUACUAUAAGUGCCCUGAUGUCAAAUGUAAUUGUAUCAAAGACCGAAUGCUGUGCGGAGCGGAUGGUUCCAUCGAUUUGACCGAUUUCUUGAAAGAGGAGGUUCAUGGUCCGGCUACCUUCAGUUGCCUGCAGGAGAAUGGCGGAAUCAAUAACUGCAAAUUCAAGGAACCAUCGCUAGAUUGGAUGGUGGGUAACUUCUUCGGCGACGAGAGUAUCGAGUUGGAUUGCCGCUCUGGUGAAUGUCUCUACCACACCCAGGUACCCGGUUACGAGCGUCCUAUUAAGAAGAUCAACACGCCCUUGAUCGCGGGUGUAAUCGCAGGAUGUUCCCUGUUCCUAGUCGCUGUUAUCCUAAUUAUCUGGUAUCUUUCACGCCGACAGUACCGAUACGGCCCUAUUGCGCUCGAUGAUAACGAUGACGAAGCUAUCAAGUUAAUGACGGAUCAUAAACCGGCGACCUUGUAUUUUGAGAACGUUUCCUACGGACUGAACGGAAAGGUUAUUUUGAACGAUAUCAAAGGAAUUGCUCACCCCGGCGAGAUUACGGCUAUUAUCGGCGCAUCUGGUGCGGGAAAGACGAGCUUCUUGGAUAUCCUCGCUCGCAAGAACAAGCGUGGCAAUGCUGGCGGAGACUUCUACGUCAACGGAGAGAAGGUUACUGAUGCCGAAUUCAAGAGUGUGGUAGGCUUUGUCGAUCAAGAAGACACCAUGCUUCCUACUCUAACGGUGCACGAAACUAUUCUCACCAGUGCUCUCCUUCGUCUUCCCCGUGGAAUGGGUCGCGCGGCUAAGGAACAGAGAGUCUACGAAGUCGAGAAGCAGCUUGGUAUUUAUCACAUUCGCGAUUCCCUUAUAGGAUCUGAGGAGGGCAAAGGAAGGGGUAUUUCCGGUGGUGAAAAGAGACGUGUCGGCAUUGCUUGUGAGCUUGUCACUAGCCCUUCGAUCCUUUUCCUCGACGAACCGACUAGUGGACUGGAUGCUUACAACGCGUUCAAUGUUAUCGAAUGCCUUGUUACUUUGGCCAAAACCUACAAGCGAACUGUUAUCUUCACUAUCCACCAGCCACGUUCCAAUAUCGUCGCUUUGUUUGAUCGAUUAAUCCUCCUUGCUCAAGGUAAAGCGGUUUAUUCCGGUCCAUUUUCGCAAUGUCAGGAAUAUUUCGAUCAGGUUGGAUACAGUUGUCCGCCCGGCUUCAACAUUGCGGAUUAUCUUGUUGAUCUUACGAUGCAUGCCGGUACUUCGGGUACUUUCGAUGACGGAUCUAUUGUGAACGAUGUAGCUAGUGUCGGACCUAGCAGCACGACUGCUGUUAAAUCAGUUGCAAGCAUUUCUGGGGCCAAUAGUAUUGCUGAAGAUAGCUCAACUGAGCCAUCGUCUAGUCGACCUAAGGCUAAGCGCAAGGAUUCAGUUAAAGCUAGACAGGAGCGGGAACUAUUCACGAGACGAAAGAACACUAUCGACACUGCGGCAUCUUCCGAUGUCGAGGAGGAUAUUGGGUCGUACAAGUUACGUAAACAACCCGCUGGUGUUACACCACCGCAAGUUGUUGUCGAAGAUGUCCAUGAUCUUCCACCUGCCGCUGCAACCAAUCUUGAUGGUCUCGUCCAUGCUUACGCUGAAUCUGGUAUCGCCGAUAAUAUACACGAUGAAAUUCAACAGGCAGUUACUAGCGCUCAAAUUGCGAAUGGUCAGAAUGGGAAUGCGGCUCACGGCGCACACCCUAACGGUAGCGCAAUUGGUCGUGGCUACGCCCGUGUCGGUUAUCUCAGCCAAUUCGUUAUUCUGUCGCAAAGAACGUGGAAGAAUCUCUACCGCAACCCGCUUCUAAUGCUGACUCACUACGCUAUUGCGAUUGUCCUCGCUGUUCUCUCGGGGUAUCUCUUCUAUGGCCUUACCGACGACAUUCCUGGAUUCCAAAACCGACUCGGCUUGUUCUUUUUCCUUCUUGCCCUGUUCGGUUUCAGCACAUUGACUAGUUUAAAUGUCUUCGCUUCCGAACGGCUUCUGUUUGUCAGAGAACGAGCAAAUGGAUAUUAUUCGCCCAUUACAUACUUCGUCGCAAAGGUUCUAUUCGACAUUAUCCCUCUUCGAAUUAUUCCACCGAUUCUGAUGGGAGCCAUCAUUUAUCCUAUGACUGGCCUUAUUCCGGAUGCACCGCAUUUCUUCACAUUUAUGCUUGUCCUCGUCUUAUUCAACCUGGCUGCUGCUUCAAUCUGCCUGUUUAUUGGCGUCGUCUGCAAGGAUGGUGGCGUAGCAAACCUCAUUGGAAGCUUAGUCAUGCUCUUCUCUCUGUUGUUUGCUGGAUUGCUACUUAACCACGACGCGAUCCCCGAUGCCGCUCUCUGGUUACAAUCUCUGUCCAUCUUCCAUUAUGGUUUUGAAGCCCUCAUCGUUAACGAGGUCAUUAAGUUGACGCUUGUGGAUAACAAAUAUGGACUGGAUAUCACGGUCCCCGGAGCGGCGAUUCUGAGCUCGUUUGGAUUCAACAACGCAGCAAAAUGGAUGGAUGUUAUAAACUUAGGUGUCUUCGCCGCGGUCUUUGUGGUGUUGGCAUAUGUCGCCAUGCAUUUCUUGCUGGUAGAGAAACGAUAAGACUAUAGGUGUGAUGUGUUGAGGGAUAUUUGUAGAAUUAUAUCGGCAUACAUUCGGGCAUUGGCCAAAUUGGCAUUUAAUGCAUUAUUGCAUUCCAAUUUUUUCCUGCAUAGCUGCUCGGUAACGCUUGAGCUGGAUUGCUCAAUGGUAUGGGCACUUGGGGCGUUUUACAGGGUUCGGCAUGUUCGUCUAAAUCAACAAACCAGACAAUUUCAUAGUACAAUAAACGUGAUAGAUGAUCGAUA